AUGGCAGAUGAGGAAGCUGCUCCGGUUAGGACUCUUCAGGACUAUUUGAAUCCGGAACGGGUCACUCAGUUGUCAUCGAUAGUUUUUCCACGGCCCACCACUGUUGCAAACACAUUCGUGUUCAAGUCAGACUAUCAUCGUUGCAUUCCAUUCUUCCAUGGUAUGGAGCGCGAGGAUCCGUACCAACAUAUCAGGGAAUUUGAGGAAGUUCUCCAAUCGUUCGUCAGCGGGGAGGAUAAGGCUAAGACGUGGUUUCACUCUUUGAAGCCUCAAUCUUUGAACACAUGGGGGGAAGGGCAAGAUGUUUUUCAUAAGAAAUUCUUCCCAGCAAGCCGAACAAAGCUCUUGAUGGAUCAAAUCCAGGGUUUCAAGCAACGUGAGGGAGAAGCUUUCCACCAGUAUUGGGAGCGUUACAAGGAUUUGCUUUCUGCGGUUCCUCACCACAACUUUGCCUUGUAUCAACUGAUUCACUACUUUCAUAUGGGCUGCACGCAACAAAGCAAGCAACUGCUUGACACCAUGUGCUCUGGAGGAUUCAUGAAUAAGUCACUCGAUGAUGGUUGGGAUUACUUAGAUGAGUUGGCCAAGAAGUCUCUGACUUGGAAUUAUGAAGAUGCUGGUGAUAGAGCUAUGGCUAGCCAAGGUCCCGGUGGAUCUGGAAAGUUCUCCAUAAAUGAGCACAAUGCUAUCGAAACACAGAUGGAGCAACUAGCACAAAAGUUGGAAAAGUUGGAGUUGAAAGGGAUAAAGGAAGUUAAGGCAGAGCAAGCGGUAGAGGAGAUGUGUGCUAUAUGUGAAACAUCGGGCCAUUCCACCGACAAUUGCUUGUCUAUUCCCACUCUCAGGCAACAUUACAAUAACCUCAACCUCCCGCUCGAAGAGGUUAGUGUGGUGAACCAACGAUUUGAAUCUUUUCCCCAAAACUUUAACCAAAGUCAACGACAACAUCCGGGAUUCCGUUGGAACAAUCAGAUUGAAGGCGGACCAUCUCAAGCACCUCAUGUUUCUCAAAUGCAACCAUGGCGGCUUGCUCAAGGCCAAGGGCAGCCUUGUUUUCCUCAAGGGCCGCCAGGUUUUGCACCGUCCGGCCCGUUUCAAGGAUCUAACCAAUAUCAACCCCCGCCAAGGCGAUCUUUGGAGGAUACUCUCCAAACCUUCAUGCAAGCUCAAUCGAAUUACAAUGAAAAUAACACCCAGAUGAUGGGGGAGUUGAAGAACCAAAUGGGAAAGAUAACCACAUCUAUAGGGCUUCUCCAACAAGAAAGGGGCAAGUUUCCGACCCAGCCACAAGCUAAUCCACAAGGUCAACUUCUCAUUGGUAGUUCUUCCAUACCACCGCCCGAGCAAGCUCAAGCAAUUAUCACUCUAAGGAGUGGCAAGGCGGUUGACAACCUCGUUGUCAAUCCACCGGCUACACGUAUUUUAGAACCAGCCUCGACAUCAACAAGUUCUACAACGCUUGGGGAAUCUCCCAAGUCCUCUCCAGAAGAAGACGGGGAAUCUCCCGUGCAAGGUUCAAAGGAAGCUGAGGCCACUCCAAGCCAACAGGAUUCUCCCGUUUUGGCACCCUAUCCUUCUCGACUGAAAAAGCCGGCUCACCCAUCCAAGGAUGCCGAUAUACUUGACGUGUUCAAAGAGGUCAAUGUUAACAUUCCUUUAAUGGACGCCAUUAAGCAAAUUCCUUCUUACGCUAAGUUCUUGAAGGAUUUGUGCACCCAAAAACGCAAGCUUAAUGUGCACAAGAAGGUGCUUCUUACCGAGCAAGUUAGCCAAAUUUUCCAAGCAAAUCUUGCACCUAAAUACAAAGACCCCGGAUGUCCUACAAUUGCAAUUACUAUUGGGGGUAAGAGAGUAGAGCAAGCUCUUUUGGAUUUGGGAGCGAGUGUAAAUUUGCUACCUUAUUCGGUGUAUCAAGAGUUGGGUUUGGGGGAGAUGAAGCCUACGCGGGUUACUCUUCAAUUGGCGGAUAGGAGUAUCUGA